GGAGUUCGGCGGCUAAGCUAACUGCAACCACCGCAACUAGCUACAUGUGGAGGGUAAAACGGGAGGCAUCCCCGACCCUAACUCUGUCAAAAUCCCAUCGUUCUACCCAAAACAACUCUAAAGUUCAGCCUCAUCGAAAAUAAGGGAUAAUAUCUGUUUACAAUGAAAGGUAGCCGGAUCGAGCUGGGGGAUGUUACACCCCACAACAUUAAGCAGCUGAAACGCCUGAACCAGGUCAUCUUCCCUGUCAGCUACAAUGACAAGUUUUAUAAAGAUGUACUGGAAGUUGGAGAGCUUGCAAAGCUAGCAUACUUCAAUGACAUUGCAGUGGGUGCUGUGUGCUGCAGAGUGGACCACUCUCAGAACCAGAAGAGACUGUACAUCAUGACGCUUGGCUGUCUAGCACCCUACCGUAGGCUUGGAAUUGGUACAAAGAUGCUGAAUCAUGUGCUAAACAUCUGUGAGAAGGAUGGCACAUUUGACAACAUAUAUCUUCAUGUGCAGAUCAGCAAUGAGUCAGCCAUUCACUUUUAUCAGAAGUUUGGCUUUGAGAUCAUCGAAACAAAAAAGAAUUACUACAAGAGGAUAGAGCCCGCAGAUGCCCAUGUGUUGCAGAAGAGUCUGCGCAGUCCAUGUGCACCGCCCACCGGAGAGCUUCAGAAGGCAGAUUAGGGGCACAGCAUUUGGAAGGAGCACAGAUGUGCCCGCCUCCACAGAAACAGAACU